GGGGCUUGUUCACAUAAUAGCCGGCGGUUGAAGGCGUGGUGAGCGAGGCUCGGUGCGAGGGGCGAGUGCGUGCGCGACCGCGGCACCGGCGGACGAACGUGGACACCGGCUGCGCGGCGGCUCCACGCGCUGGCAGAAGCUGAACCGGGCGGCGAUGACGAUGCCGGGGAGGCUCCAGUGAUCCAGACCCGACGAGCAGCACCGAGCGCCAAGAUGACCGAGGGCAGACUGUGCCAAGUGCAGCUGCUGGACGACAGGAAGCUGGAGCUGCUGGUUCAGCCCAAGCUGCUGUCGUACGAACUCCUCGACUUGGUCUCCUCCCAUUUCAACCUCAAAGAGAAGGAAUUCUUUGGACUUGCAUUUUUUGAUGACAAUGGGCAGCGUAAGUGGCUGCAGAUGGACCGCAGGGUUCUGGAGCAUGACUUUUCCAAGAAGUCAGCGCCCAUCGCUCUCAGCUUCCUGGUCAGGUUUUACGUGGAGAACAUAACGCAGCUUAAGGACAUCAUAACGGUGGAGCUGUUCUUUCUGAAUGCUAAAUCCGCCGUCUACAAUGGGGUCAUUGAAGUGGAGAGUGAGAACGUCUUCAAAUUAGCUGCCAGCGCGUUGCAGGAGGCUAAAGGGGACUACACAAGUGAUGAAAACACCAGAGCUGACCUGAAGAAACUACCAACUCUUCCAACCAAAGUACUUAAAGAGCAUCCAUCACUUGCAUACUGUGAGGACAGAGUCAUUGAAUAUUAUAAAGACUUGAAAGGAGUCUCUCGAGGACAAGCCAUUGUUCAGUAUUUAACGUUGGUGGAGUCGUUGCCCACAUACGGCGUGCACUAUUACGAAGUCAAGGAUAAACAGGGGAUCCCGUGGUGGCUCGGCCUCAGCUACAAGGGCAUCGGGCAGUACGACCUGCAGGACAAAUUAAAACCCCGAAAGCUCUAUCAGUGGAAGCAGCUGGAAAACUUGUAUUUCCGGGAGAAAAAGUUUGCUGUGGAAGUUAACGACCCACACAGGAGAACAGUCACCAAACGCACCUUUGGGCAGACGGGCCUCCUCAUCCACACAUGGUACGCCAGCCAUUCUCUGAUCAAGACCAUUUGGGUCAUGGCCAUUAGCCAGCACCAGUUUUACUUGGACAGGAAGCAAAGCAAAGCUAAAUUAGUAGCAGCAAGGAGUUUGGAGGAAGUGGCCAUGGACCUGACGGAGCAGGGGGGCGCGAAAGUCAACAGACUGGGAGAGGCCGGUCCCAAGAACAACCUCAUCACAGCCAGCAACGGGAGCCUGGUGUCUACAGGUUCCGCAGACUCUGAAAUGAGUGAAGAGCAGAAGAAGGAGAAGCUGUCCGAGCUGAGGAAGAAGGAGCAGGAGAUUCAGGAGAUUCUGGCCAAGAAGACGAAGGAGCUGAAGAAGAUCUGCCUGCGAGAGGCGGAACUUACUGGCAAGCUGCCGAAGGAGUACCCGCUGUCAUCGGGCGAACGGCCGCCGCAGGUCCGACGCCGGGUCGGCACCGCCUUCAAGUUGGACGACCUGUUCCCCUAUAAUGAGGAUCCCUUCCUCAGGAACCUGGAGAGCAGAUUCGCGCUGCAGCAGAAGAUCGUGGAGGCGGCGAAGAAGCUCGCCAACGAGCCGGAGCUGUGCAAAACGAGGAAGAAGAAGAGGCGGAGGAACUGUUUGGACGCCAUGCACAAACUCCAGCAGAUAGAGGACGAGAUGAACCAGUACAGGAUCAAGAAGGGGAAGAAGCCCACGCAGCGGGCCUCGGUUCUGAUCGCAGAUGAACUCAUCCGUUCCGACUGCAGCUCCCUGUCCAGUCUCCCGCUGGACGACGAUGACUCGGACAGGACGGGUCAGAGGCCACGGUCCCGGUCGGCCCAGGGCUCCCCUCAGCUCAGUCCCAUGCGAACGCUGGGGGCAGACUACGAUUUGGAGCGACAGGGAGCUCGGAGGGGAAAUCACAGCAACAAGAACCACAGCAGAUUAGCUUUUGACGGCCAGGAGGCUUCUCACUACUACCAGAGUCAAAGAGACGAUUCCUCCAACCACAGUAGUCCCUACAAAACCCUCCCCAGACCUCCCAGAGACCCUCGCAGCAUGCCACCCACCCCGGUCAUGACCCGCAAUGCCUACAGCAGCAGCCAGCUCAGGUCUGAGGGGUCUCCGCAUGGCUUCCGGCAUCGCAGCGGAAGUCUGGAGUCGCAGCCUCAUCUAAGAAAAGAGGCGGAGUCAGAGAAGCCGGUCUUCAUCUUGUCACCAGCCCACCGCAGCAGCAGCACAGAGGUGCUGGAGGACUGCUCCUCCUACACCAGUCAGUCCAGUCUGGACUGCUGCGGCGCGGCCAACUCCCAGUACAGCACGCUCGACUCGCGGACCUCGACCAUGCACCGCCUCCACAGGAAGGUGGAGGUGUAUGGGAACACGGGCAGCAUGCCCAACCUGGCCCAGCACCACUCCGCCUGCAGCUACUCAUUUGAGACCUCAGCCCACUACGCGCCCAGCGCCUACUACGUCGCCGGCUUUCCCUGCUCAGACGCCGAGCCCUACGCUAACGGCGCCUACGUGUACGAGAGCGACGUCGAGGGCCACUACAACGUCAACCCGUCCUACCAAAUGAACGGCUACCACGGACACGACCGAUUCAGGCAUUACGGCGGCGACCGGGCCGACGCGCUCUCCCAGAAUCCCUACGCGACGGUGAGGCCGCCGCGAAACCGAGAGGGGCCCAGGAACGAGCUGUUGGCUAAGAACAUGCAGAAGGCGCUGGUGGCCGAGCAUCUGAGGGGCUGGUACCACCGCAACAGGAGCACCAGAGACGGGGGGAGGGGGAUGCUGGCUGGGUACGACUUCGACAGCGGCUCUCAGCUCAGUCUGGGCUACCAGACCAUGCCGGCGGCCUUCAGCCACUCCAGCAGAACCACCUCCUUCUCCUCAGUGUCGUCGGUGGAGAGCGCCGGCAACUGGCGCAACCAGCUGGCAGUGGGCCUGGCGGAGUACGAGUCGCCCGACGCGCCUCAGUACACUCACCCGGCGGCGCACGCCUCCCCGUACAACCGCAGUCCCACGCGCGCCAGAUUUUCUCCAGAAAGCAAAGGGUCUGACACAAUGCCCAAAGCCCCUGAGUCAGUUGAGGUGGUUGGCGCUGAGGCCACCAGUACAGAUGAGCCAUCAGACACCUAAGGAUUUUACCUGGACGGAAGCUACAUGAGCAUCCGCUGACGAGGACCACACACACAAAGCCAUGCUCUGCUGGGCUUGGAGGAGCCGUGAGUCCACCCUGGGACUCAGACGCCGCCUUCAUCCUGAACCUCUGAACACAGUGAUGACACUCUUGAAUGACUUUCCCAUGUGCCUUGGAUUGGAUGAAUUGUACAGGCAGAUGAGAAUGUGUCAAGAAUCUUUAGGAUGUUGCACAACAACACUACAUUUAACACUAACUGACAAAACAGGCAACGUGUUUUUACGACUCCAGGUCCGUGUGUUUUACCAGGAACUGGCUACUGCCUUAUACAUCACAGUAGGUCAUAGAGUUAAAUGGGUUUUGUCAUUUCCAUAUCAGCGACAAAAAUAAAUAAAAUGCUCAUAAAUACAUCAUGAAAUUUGAAAGCAGAACAUGUAAUCACCAUUAGACUGUGUAUUAGGUACAUUUCCAUCCUUUGAUUUGCUUCAACUUAAAAUCAGAAUAUCAAUAUUGUUUAUAGAACCAUUUGUCUUUGGUGCUGUGAUGUGUUUUGAUGCAUGGUGAGAACAUCAGCCUUUUGAUAUGAACUUCUUUUUAUAUUGACAAACGUUCACUGCCAUAAAAAAAACCCAUAGUCAUGUCUGUUUUUGCUUUCCCACAGCCUUGUACAGUCAUUGUGUAGUUCUACUGUAUGUUCUUAGCUGUUGUCAUAAAAUAUUUUCCACUGGGAAUAAGGACGUGAAUAAACAUGUGUGACACAAAG